UCCUCCCACGCCCCGCCCUCCCCGCGGCGGCUGGCGUCGAGAAAGUACAGUAAAAAGUCCAAGUGCAGCGCUCGGCAAGAUGGGAACCGGCUCCUCCAGCUACCGGCCCAAGGCCAUCUACUUGGACAUCGAUGGACGCAUUCAGAAGGUGGUCUUUAGCAAGUAUUGCAACUCCAGUGAUAUUAUGGACCUGUUCUGCAUCGCUACCGGCCUGCCUCGGAACACCACCAUCUCCCUCCUGACCACGGAUGAUGCCAUGGUCUCCAUUGACCCCACCAUGCCCGCCAAUUCAGAACGAACUCCCUACAAAGUGAGACCCGUGGCCAUCAAGCAACUCUCUGAGAAAGAAGAACUGAUCCAGAACGUGCUGACCCAAGUGGCGGAGCAGUUCUCAAGAGCUUUUAAAAUCAACGAGCUGAAAGCUGAAUUUGCAAAUCACUUGGCAGUGCUAGAGAAACGCGUCGAAUUGGAAGGAUUAAAAGUGGUGGAGAUUGAGAAAUGCAAGAGUGACAUUAAAAAGAUGAGGGAGGAGCUGGCAGCCAGAAGCAACAGGACCAGCUGUCCCUGCAAGUACAGUUUUUUGGAUAACACCAAAAAGUUGACGCCACGACGCGAUGUCCCCUCUUACCCCAAGUACCUGCUGUCCCCUGAGACCAUAGAUGCCCUGCGGAAGCCCACCUUCGACGUCUGGCUCUGGGAGCCCAAUGAGAUGCUAAGCUGCCUGGAGCACAUGUACCACGACCUGGGCCUGGUCAGGGACUUCAGCAUCAACCCCAUCACGCUCAAGAGGUGGCUGCUGUGCGUGCAGGAAAACUACAGGAACAACCCCUUCCACAACUUCCGGCACUGCUUCUGCGUCGCCCAGAUGAUGUACAGCAUGAUCUGGUGCUGCAGGCUGCAGGAGAAGUUUUCGCAAAUGGACAUCCUGGUCCUGAUGACUGCGGCCAUCUGCCACGACUUGGAUCAUCCAGGCUACAACAACACGUACCAGAUCAACGCCCGCACGGAGCUGGCCGUCCGCUACAACGACAUCUCGCCCCUGGAGAACCACCACUGUGCUGUGGCCUUCCAGAUUCUCAACCAGCCCGAGUGCAACAUCUUCUCCAACGUGUCGCCGGAGGGCUUCAAGCAAAUCAGGCAGGGAAUGAUCACGUUAAUCUUGGCCACUGACAUGGCGAGGCAUGCGGAAAUCAUGGACUCUUUCAAAGAAAAAGUGGAGAAUUUUGACUACAGCAACAAGGAACACAUGACCCUUCUGAAGAUGAUACUGAUCAAAUGCUGUGACAUCUCUAACGAGGUCCGCCCCAUGGAGGUGGCAGAACCAUGGGUGGACUGUUUGUUGGAGGAAUAUUUCAUGCAGAGUGACCGCGAGAAGUCAGAGGGCCUCCCCGUGGCCCCAUUCAUGGACCGGGACAAAGUGACCAAAGCCACAGCCCAGAUUGGCUUCAUCAAGUUCGUCCUGAUCCCGAUGUUUGAGACAGUGACCAAGCUCUUCCCCGUGGUUGAGGAGCUCAUGCUGCAGCCGUUGUGGGAGUCCCGAGAUCGCUACGAGGAGCUGAAGCAGAUGGACGAUGCCGUUAGGGAGAUGCACCGUGGUGCUUUCGGGUUGAUGGGCAAUCCCGGCCGGCAACCGAUUUCUCUAGUUGGAUUUUCCUCCCAGGAAGUCACACAACCCCAAAAGCCUAAGAGCACAUGAUGCACAGAACAGUGUAAGAGGAGGCGUCCCCCAGCCACGCCUUCUGACAGGAGGGCUGACGGGCCUGGCCCCCCUGGUCCAACCUCAAGCCGUCACUGCAAAGACCUCAGUCUCCAGGCCCCAGGCUGGCUGCCCAGAAGGCCAGUAGGACCCUCCACGGCCCCUUCCUGCCCCCAGAAAGAGCUGACCCACGAAAGAGGUAACGGGGCCAUGGACUCAGCAUCCACCGUGGCCAGUUCUCUGGGGCUGCCCGUGCAGCCAGCGAGAGCUCACUGUCCAAGACCAAACGGAGGCCAUGUGGUGAGGCUCCAACGGCCAGGAAGGUAGACCAUGCAGAGCUGUGUCUGGGAAGUGCCCCCAGGGGCACGUCUCCUCACAUGUCUUAGCACCUCCUGUCCCAGGAAGCUUUUGAGCAGACAGGCAGUCACUCACUCACUGUCCGUCACCUCCUGUGUGCUCUGUCCUGGUCA